UCCUUCCUUCCCUUCCCUUCAAGCCCAUUUAUUCCCCCUUCCCCUUCUAAAUCUCUCCAUCCAUCUAUAAACCGAACCCACCCUUAAAACCCUCUCUCCGUCUACCUCAUUCCCUUUCUCUCCAAUGGAAAAGCUCGCACCUUUCUGUGUCAUUUUACCUUGGACAGCCUGCUUUGCCCUUCUCCCUCUCUUCCUCGUGUUCUCGUUCUCCUCCGGGGCCUCCGGCGCCACCUCCAUCCAGAACCUCCUCCAGAACCACGGCCUCCCUGGCGGACUCCUUCCCAAUGCUGUGGAGUCCUUCUCCCAUGAUUCCUCCUCUGGCCUCCUGGAUGUCCGCCUCGUCCGCCCCUGCUACGCCCGCUUCGACGACGGGCUCGCUUACUUCGAAAGCCAGGUGCGGGGCAACCUCAGCUACGGCGCGCUCCGCGGGGUGGUCGGGUGGUCGCAGGAGGAGCUCUUCUUGUGGCUCCCCGUCAAGGGGAUCGUCGUCGCCGACCCGGCCUCGGGCGUCAUCCUCUUCGACAUCGGCGUCGCCCGCAAGCGGCUCGCCGUCUCGGCCUUUGAGGAACCGCCGGACUGCAUCCCGGCGGAAGACGAAGCGGCGGCCGGAAUAGGGCUCGUUGGCAGAAGAGAAGGAUUCCUGCAUCAGAGACAAUAACUAGGACCAUAUAAUAUUCCUCUUCCUCUGUAUUCAAUAUUCAUCUCUCUCUCUCUCUCUCUCUCUCUCCCCUUUACUGAGACUUAUGCUGUGCAGUACAUGGAAAAUGGUAAAUGUCUUUAAAACGAUUUUAUUGCCUCUCCUUCUUCGUUCA